AUGGGGCAGGUGGCUUGGAAGGGUUUAUUUCUGUCCUUUUUUGAUUAUAAAACAGAGAAAUACGUCAUUGCAAAGAACAAGAAGGUGGGGAUCCUCUAUCGCGUGGUGCAGCUCACCAUCCUGGCUUACCUGGUCGGGUGGGUGUUUGUUGUCAAGAAAGGCUAUCAGGACACAGACACAUCUCUCCAGAGCUCUGUCAUCACCAAGCUGAAAGGGGUGGCCUUCACCAACACCUCAGAGCUGGGGGAGAGGCUGUGGGAUGUUGCAGACUACGUCAUCCCUCCACAGGGUGAAAAUGUCUUCUUUGUCAUGACGAAUCUGAUUGUGACCCCAAACCAGAGGCAAGCCACCUGUCCUGAGAGUGACAGCAUUCCUGAUGCCCUUUGUAACCAGGAUGAGGACUGCCCAGCUGGGGAAGCAGUGGUGGCUGGCAAUGGGGUUAAGACUGGCCGUUGUUUGAAAGACAGGGACAGUAUCAGAGGGACUUGUGAGAUACUGGCCUGGUGCCCAGUGGAGAAAAGAUCCAAGCCCAAGACCCCGCUUCUUGCCAGCGCAGAGAACUUCACUGUUUACAUCAAGAACUCCAUUCGCUUCCCCAAGUUUAAGUUCUCCAAGGUGAAUGUGCUGGCAACCAACAAUGAGUCCUACCUGAAGAGCUGCCGCUACAGCACGGAGCAUCCCUACUGCCCCAUCUUCCUGCUGGGGAGCAUCGUCCGGUGGGCUGGGAGCGACUUCCAGGAGAUGGCCUUGGCGGGUGGUGUGAUAGGAAUUCAGAUUGAAUGGAACUGUGAUCUUGAUAAAGCCCCUUCUGAAUGUAACCCUCACUAUUCUUUUAGCCGACUGGACAACAAGUUCUCAGAAAAGUCCAUCUCCUCUGGCUACAACUUCAGGUUUGCCAAGUAUUACCGGGAUGCUGAGGGGGUCGACUACCGCACGCUCAUUAAAGCGUAUGGAAUCCGCUUUGAUGUGAUGGUGAACGGCAAGGGAGCUUUCUUUUGUGACCUCGUGCUGCUGUAUCUGAUUAAAAAGAGUAAUUUCUAUCGAGGCAAAAAGUAUGAGGAAGUCAAGUAA